CAUGAGAUUAAAGCUGAAGGGCAGGAAAAGAAGUAAGGGUCUUUUCCCUUGCAUGGGUCCAUGAAAUCACUGUAGCCUGGUUCUUUCCCUCCAUGGAAGGUCAUUCUGUCAGGGUAGUCCUGUCUGUAUAGUACUUAUUGCCUCCUCCUCCCAUGCAAGCCAAGGGUCCAACAGUGCUGUAAUGUGCUGCAGCACGCUUGUUUCUCCACAUUCUGCCCCCACUUUUGUAAACCACCCCUUUAUGAAGCCCUCCCCCAGUUGUGCCUAGUUGAAUAUAUCUUCUGUUUCCUGCUUGACCCUUGACCUAGAAGACCACUACCCUGAGUUCCUUGGGUAUGCAAUGAUCAGCUGCACACUGCAGGGAAGUCCAGGCCCUAGGUCUAGAAACAUUAGUACACAUUCAUAACUCCCCUCCCCCCGUCCCCUCCUACCUUAUUGUGUCCUAGUCAAACCUGAGGCCACUCUGUUGGCUUUCAGUCUGCUCCAGCCCACUGGUAAACCACUCAGGUUCUAAGCCCAAAUGGCAUGGGCCAGAGCUUCAUUCCCCCAGGGCACUCCUCCUUUGUGACUUCACCUACUGAAGUCACCUGGGAGACAGGGCUGAAUGUUCUAUGCUAGAGUCUUGGCCUCUUAGAGGCAGGGUCAGCAGGCCCGGCCAGCCCAGAGGACUCUGUCCACAUUGUAAAUGAGGACGCUGCUGGCCCAUGUCUGGCAGGGAAAUAGAGGGCAUCCUCGGAGGCACUGGGUGCUCCUCGCACCAUGGAUGACGCUGCCAUUCUCAAGCGACGAGGGUACAUCAUGGGGAUAAACUUGGGAGAGGGCUCAUAUGCGAAAGUCAAAUCGGCUUACUCUGAGCGCCUAAAGUUCAACGUGGCGGUCAAGAUAAUCGAUCGCAAGAAGGCCCCCGCAGACUUCCUGGAGAAAUUCCUUCCCCGGGAAAUUGAGAUUCUGGCCAUGCUAAACCACCGCUCCAUCGUCAAGACCUAUGAGAUCUUUGAGACGUCAGAUGGCAAAGUCUAUAUCGUCAUGGAGCUUGGGGUCCAGGGUGACCUCCUCGAAUUCAUCAAGACCCGAGGAGCCCUACAAGAGGAUGAUGCUCGAAAGAAGUUCCACCAGCUCUCCUCGGCUAUCAAGUACUGCCACGACCUGGAUGUCGUCCACCGAGACCUCAAGUGCGAGAACCUCCUGCUCGACAAGGACUUCAACAUCAAGCUGUCCGACUUUGGCUUCUCCAAGCGCUGUCUGCGGGACGAUAACGGUCGCCUGACACUAAGCAAGACGUUCUGUGGGUCGGCAGCCUACGCGGCCCCGGAGGUGCUGCAGGGCAUCCCCUACCAGCCCAAGGUGUACGACAUCUGGAGCCUGGGCGUGAUCCUCUACAUCAUGGUCUGUGGCUCCAUGCCCUACGACGACUCCAACAUCAAAAAGAUGCUGCGCAUCCAGAAGGAGCACCGUGUCAACUUCCCACGCUCCAAGCACUUGACCAGCGAGUGCAAGGACCUCAUCUACCGAAUGCUACAGCCAGAUGUUAACCGGCGGCUGCACAUCGAUGAGAUCCUCAGCCACUGUUGGGUGCAGCCCAGGUCACGGGGUCAGUCUGCUGGAGCCAUCAAUAAGGAAGGGGAGAGCGCCGGGACUGCUCAUUCUCUGUGGGUCCCUGAACUUGGCACUGACAAGAAGUCUGCCACCAAGAUGGAACCUCGGGAAGAAUCACAUCCUGAAGCCCGGCCUGAGGCUGGGUCUGAAGUAAAGUCCCAGGAGAAUACAGUGCCAACAUCCAGGCAGGCAGAGACCCUGGCCUUCAACCCUGAGCUGACCAAGAAGUCAGAGGAAGGAUUCCCCCAACAGUCUUCAGAGACGCACACUUAGUAAGUCUCUUGCAGCCCAGGGGGCCAGCAGGAAAUGAGGCAGAGCUCAUGCUUGAAGCCUGAGCCUAGAAGUCAAGGGAUGAGACCGAGAAGGCAGUCCUGAAUGAGCUACUAUUUUCGUCAGUUUCUUCUCCCUCCCUUUGA